AUGAAGAAGGGCUCGUCUGACCGCAAGCGUAGUUGGGUUAUGCUCGCUGAGAGCGGUGGGUAUACGCCUCUGCCGGGCGAACAGACGCUUUAUCAAUCUCCACCAAGGACGACGCUGUCGGUGCACUCCAAGACGAGCGGCGGGUAUGCGCAGCAGUGCAAGUCGGGGGUGGUGUACCUCACAAAUCGACGGAUGAUCUACCUCCCCGUCUCGCCGACACCAACGCUCCAGUCCUUCGCCGUGCCCAUCCUCAACGUCGCCGACUCGCGCGUCACAGCACCCUGGUUCGGCGCCAACAAAUGGGAAGCCAUCAUCAACCCCGUCCACGGCGGCGGCAUCCCAACCCAACACGCCGAGCUCGACCUCGUCAUGGAGUUCAAAGAGGGCGGCGCAUUCGACUUUGCGAGCAUAUUCGAGCGCUUGAAGGAGCGGCUACGGCAGGCUGUCGAUGUUGCGCGCGAGAGUGGUGUGGAUGUGCAGGAUGGACGGGGUAGUGGGGGCGGGAGGAUGGGAGGCGUCAAUCUGAACGCGGUGCAUCUGGAGGAUCUGCCCGCUUACGAGGACACGGGAAUGCAUGCAAAGGUGGAAGAUACGGUGCCUGGGUCACCGACAGAUGGCAUGGGUGUGGGUGGUCCCGUCGCUGCGCCAGAAAGCCCGCAGCGAUCCAGUCCGCCGGCGAGUCCACAGCAGGAGGCGUUUCAGCCGCCCAACGAGCCGCCGCCAGGGUACGAGGAGGUGCAGAGGAACAGCAUUGUAGACGAGCUUGAGCGACGCGCGAGGCAGGACAGCCGGUGA